AGGCACGACCGGCUGCUGCCGCAGGUCAGGGAGGAGUUUGAUCUUCUGCGGCGGAGCCUCGAAGGCGGUACGACCCGUCCAUGUACACAUAUCUGGAGUCGUGGGACACACCAUUGCCCCCGUCGGACGAGGAGCCGGAGAAGGAAGAACUUUCGACAUUGCCUCUCGCUAGCGGCUCGACUCAGUUGUGGUCGCAGACGGUGCGAGUAGGCGGGUCGGCUCCCGACGAAGGGGGCGAGUUCACGUCAUUGCUCCAUCAAGGCUUGCGGGACGACGACGGCGGAGGAGUUGAUCUGAGGUUCGAGUUGUGUUCUGGCGGCGGCAGGGGGGUGAGUCGUACGUUCAUCAUCGACGGAGAUCAUUCGGCACGUGGCGUUGAGCAUGGUGGAAGUCUGCAUACAAAGCAGUCCACACUUUGUCGCGCUGCACCCGUGACUGGCGCGGUUGGGCCAUCGCCAGCGGGAUGGCAUCAUGGAUCGACUGCUCCGUCUGUCGAUCGAUUGACACCGACCUGGCCCGCACCCCUCGGGGUGGCAGCAGGGCCCCUGCGCAUGGGCGGUGCACAUUCGAUGAUGCCUGCGUGCACAACACCGGUUGAAUCCGGAAUGAGGGACGAGGGAACGUGCAGAGAGCCGGUACGUCCACGACCCACUGUGGAGAACAUAACACGUGGAUUGUCGAACAUGAGGACACACAGUGAUGGAGACGAAGACGACGUUGGCUUCGGUGACGACGCAGACGAAGGGAUGAGGGAAGACGUGGAAGCGGGGGACGACGACGACGACGUUCCAAUUCGGCCUUUGGGGAAGACGGCUGGGAGGGGGAAAGGACGCGGCAAAGGUGGUGUCCGUGGUCGAUCCGUUGGCCGUGGAGGCAGAGGUGGCGUAAGUGACGAUGCCGGGAAGUCUCCAACGUACUGGUCUGCAGAAGAUCAAAUGCUCCGGGUGCGAUGCAAGCGGGAGCAAGAUAUGCACCUCCCCGGCUUGUCUCACAAUUACGGGCGGAUGAAGACAAAAGAGUGGAAGUGGGAGGACAUGUCGAAGCGGAUGGCGAAUGCGGGGAGGCCGAAGGACGCUGACGACUGCAUGAAGAAGUGGGACAAUCUGUUCCAGAACUACAAGAAAAUUCAGAGGUUUCAGAAUGCCAGCAGGCGGCCAGAUUUUUUCAGGCUGACGAACGAAGAGAGGAAGGAGCACAACUUCAAGUUCCGGAUGGACAGGGCGCUGUACAACGAGAUCCACGCAGGCACGUCCGGAUGGGGUGCAGCUGCCCAGGCGAGGAGCGGGUGGCGGGAGUCUGUUUGUUGUGAGGCGGCCGGUGAAGGCUGCCCUGACGAGCGUUCUUCUGCGAGGGAGUCCGGCAGCAACGUAGGCAGCGUGGCGGGAGGCGGAAAGCGGAAGAACGCGCGUCAGCAGGCAUUCGAGUCCAUCUCUGAUGUCAUGGAACGCCAUGGCGCACUGAUGUCGUCGACGAUCGAAUCCUCUAGCAAGCGGCAAUGCAGCAUCUUCACGAGGCAAUGCGACAUAUUGGAGCAGGAAGUUGCCGUCCAAAAAGCGCAUUAUGCGGCGUCCGAUGAGACGCAGAGGAUAAUGUGCCAAGCACUGUUGGAGAUCGUUGCCGCCAUCCGUGGUCGGUCGGCCAUCCGAGCGCUACACCGAGAUCGCUUGUGGGGGUCCCCAGCCAGCAUGUCUGUGCGAUUGAACGCCCGUGGCAAGAAGUGCGACGUCGCGCUUGACGAAACCCAAGCCCAGGGGAAAGGUCGUCGGCACGUUCCGAAGGCGAAGAGGCUACGUUUGGAUGAUGCGUCAGUAAGCGUGCAGCAUCGUGGUGCGCAAGGUUGGUCGCAGCCGGCGGAAGAGGACAACGACGAUGAUUUCAUGACGGAGGACGAUCAAUGCGAGGCGAUGGCGUCUGCAGGACGGGAGAGUGCCAGGCAGCAUACUACGGACCAGAGCGCUUCGAAGAGGAUGUCAACCCUUCUGCCGGAGGUGCAGCAGCUGCGUGUCCGUGAAACGUGGAAAGAGAAGGGUGUUGUGGUGGACCUUGGCGGCGAGGACGACGAGCCUUUGGAGAGACGUCGCCUGCGCAACAUUGCGCGUGCAAUGUGGUACGGCGAGGAGUGGCGCAACGUCGUCGGCGCGCCGAUCUGCGCCCACACGAUAGAUCUUAACAUGGACCUUCCACUGUGGUACGCCGAUGUGAAUAUCGAGGACAGACCUGAGGACGACGACAUGGCUGCGUACCAGGAGUCCACCGUCAUCAGCAUCGCGCAUUCGUUCUGCUCGGCGGUGCAAAUGGGUGCUCACAUCGACGACGAUUUCAUCUCCUACGAGCGUCUAUGUCGGGUGGCUGAUUGCUUCAGGCUGUUGCUGGCGGCGUCCAUGUGGAUUAUGCGCAUGGCGGGAGACGAUCCGCGCAGUCACUACGAAGCGUUUUACUUCGCGGAUCUCGUCGCCAGGCCGACACUAAUCACCUCCAUGCAUCGGUCCUUCGAUCAUCGACGAUCCGUCACCCGCGCCGCGAACGUCGUCACAGAGAGGCUUGGGAAGGCGAAAGUCACGCUCGGAGUGUACCCCGACUACAUCCCCGAUUGGGCACCAUGCGGCAUCGGAUUUGCGCACGACGCGACCAUCAAGGUGCCAGAGGAUGCGAAGAGGCUGGAUUAGUUGGGUUCGGACACCGCCGAUGAUGAAAUCAAAGGCGAAGGAAAAG